CCUCCUUCAUAAACACCAAACUGCUGAUCGCUGCUUUGAAACUACAAGCAUCCGCAAUCACUUACAGCAGAAGUUCGCUGCGGUCAUUUAAAAAGUUGUGUUUAUUAAACAUGGAGACUGCUCUCAUAAAUACACAUGAAUCUAGUAGCGACAAGAGGAAAGUGAUAGCAGUGGUGGGAGGCGGUUUGGUUGGAUCUCUGAACGCUUGCUUUUUUGCAAAACGAGGAUUUGACGUUGAGCUUUAUGAAUCUCGAGAAGAUAUUCGACAGGCCAAAGUCGUGAGGGGUCGAAGCAUAAACUUGGCUCUGUCUCACAGGGGACGCCAGGCCUUGAAGCAUGUAGGGAUGGAAGAUAAGAUAGUCUCCAAAGGCAUCCCUAUGCAUGCCCGUAUGAUCCACAAUGUGAACGGAAAGAGUACACCUAUACCCUACGGCAGAAAAGGACAGUACAUUCUGUCUGUGGACAGAGCAAAUCUUAACAAAGAGCUGCUGACAGCGGCAGAGGCGUACCCAAACACUACACUGAACUUCAGUCACAAACUGCACGACUGCAGUCCAGAAAAGGGAACAGUGACCUUUUUUGGACCCGACGACCAGAAAAAGGAAACCCAGGCAGAUCUUAUCGUGGGUUGUGACGGCGCUUUCUCUGCUGUCAGAAAGCAGUUUCUACGGCAAAGCCGAUUCGAUUACAGCCAGACGUACAUUCCUCACGGGUACAUAGAGCUCACCAUGCCCCCUAAAGAUGGAGAUUUUAUGAUGAAGCCCAAUUAUUUACACAUUUGGCCCAGAAACACUUUCAUGAUGAUCGCCCUGCCCAACUUGGACAAGACGUUCACAUGCACCCUCUUCAUGCCCUUCGAAGAGUUUGAGAAGAUUCGCACGGGUCAUGAGGUCAUUCGGUUCUUCCAGGAAUACUUCCCUGACUCAGUGCCUCUUAUAGGCGUUGAUGCUCUGAAAAGGGAUUUCUUCAGACUGCCGGCUCAGGCCAUGGUCUCGGUGAAAUGUUUCCCGUAUCAUCUGUACGAUAAAUGCGUACUGAUGGGAGAUGCCGCACAUGCUGUGGUUCCUUUCUAUGGACAAGGCAUGAACGCGGGCUUUGAGGAUUGUUUAGUUUUUGAUGAGAUUAUGGACCAGUUGAAUGAAAACUUUGCUGCUGUGCUUCAGGAAUACACAAGAGUCCGUGUACCUGAUGAUCAUGCUAUCGCUGACCUGGCCAUGUACAACUAUGUUGAGAUGAGGGCGCACGUAAACUCUAAAUAUUUCUUGUUCCGAAAGUACCUGGACAAUGUCCUUCACUUUAUCAUGCCCAGAACAUUCAUCCCACUUUACACUAUGGUCACGUUCACCAGGACACGGUACCAUGAAACUGUGAAGCGCUGGCAUUGGCAGAAUAAGGUGAUCACUCGCGGUCUAUGGCUGUGUGCGGUGGCGUCCACUGCCGGCGGGACGUUUCUCUUGAUCAGAUACUCUCACAAACUCUCCAGCAUCACUGCAGAGCACAUAUGGACCCGUAUACUUGCUUUAAAGAGAUUCUAAAAGAAUUACAAUGUAUAGGAAACCCUGUUGUUGUUUGGUAGCCUUGUUGUUGCCUUGUCAAUGUGAAACAGAUGUUUCAUACAGGACACAAACAGUAAAAGACUUUGAAAUUUGAAAUAACUAAUUGUAAACAGAAAUUGAUGCCAGAAUUGUAUUAUCAACUAUCCCUUUUAUGCACAAAAUAAAUGAUUCAGUUAAAGAAAGUAUAAAUAAAUAAUAAAUAGUUCUUUAUGAAGUGCUAA